UUUAAUUUAUCAAGCAUGGCGAGUCAAUGGGAACGAAGCAACUUCUCUAGGUCGCUGCUGCUGUUAGCAGUUAUUGGACUGGUCAGCCUGUUGUCCUUUGUGCAUGCUAAACCCCUCGAUAUACAGUGCAAUUAUGGCUCUGGUACACAGAUUUCCGACGAUGGACUACAGAUUCAAACCCAAACUGGUCCCGGCUGUCAAACUCAAGUCUCUGACGAUGGCUCACAAAUUCAGAGUCAAACUCAGACUGGCAGCGGCAUUCAAACGCAGUCCCAGUGCAGUGGUAUAAAUUGUGCCCAACUAGAACCAAUCACAUGGAAGCCAUUAGAAUUUCGCCCAUUCCGACCAUUUCAGUGAAUGAACUGAGAAACAGCAAAUACAAAUUGGUUUGUUUUUAAAAAAUCGUUUUCGUUUUUUUGGUUCUUUUUUGUUUU